AAUGCAGGCCAUAGAUGGGUAGAAAAUCGGCCAAUUUUUCAGCCGAAAAUAAAAUCGGCCAAUUUUCGGAUCGUUAGUGGGCUAUUUGUUCGGCCGUUCUUCGGUAUUUUGGCCGUUUUUUUUUUAAUCGGUAAAGUUGGAAAAAAAUCAGCCGAUUUUGCCGAUCGGCCGAUUUUCGCGGCAAUAAUGGGCAAAUCGGCCGAUUUUUUACCGAUAAAAAAUCUGCGCAUGAGCAGUGACCUGCAAGAGGAAGACAAAAAGAAGAAAAGAAAAAGAAGAGGAAGAAGAAGAGGAUGAUGAUGAUGAAGAAGAGGAUGAGGAUGAGGGUGAUGAAGUAGAGGAUGAGGAAGAGAAUGAUGAUGAAUGAAGAAGUAGAAGAAGAUGAAGAGGAUGAUGAUGAUGAAGAAGUAGAAGAAGAAGAAGAAGAAGAAGAAGAAGAGGAUGAUGAUGAUGAAGAUAGAAGAAGAAGAAAGAGGAUGAUGAUGAAGAAGUAGAAGAAGAUGAAGAAGAGGAUGAUGAUGAAGAAGUAGAAGAAGAAGA